AUGGCUUCAGUAGGGGUUGCUCCGUCUGGGCACAAGAACAGCAGAGGCACCAGCAUGGGUGCUGAGAAGCUACCAGAUCAGAUGAACGAUUUGAAGAUAAGAGAUGAUAAGGAAGUGGAAGCCACUAUUAUUAAUGGCAAGGGAACAGAGACUGGACACAUAAUUGUCACAACUACUGGUGGCAAAAAUGGUCAGCCCAAACAGACCGUGAGCUACAUGGCUGAGCGGAUUGUUGGUCAAGGUUCAUUUGGUAUUGUAUUCCAGGCUAAAUGUUUGGAGACAGGGGAAACUGUUGCCAUUAAGAAGGUCCUUCAGGAUAAGCGCUACAAGAACCGUGAGCUACAGACCAUGCGCCUGCUUGACCACCCAAAUGUUGUAGCUCUGAAGCAUUGUUUCUUUUCUACAACUGAGAAGGAUGAACUGUAUCUAAACUUGGUUCUCGAGUAUGUGCCUGAGACUGUCCAUCGUGUUGUCAAGCAUUACAACAAGAUGAACCAGCGCAUGCCACUAAUCUAUGUGAAGCUGUAUACAUACCAGAUAUGUAGGGCUCUGGCUUACAUUCAUGGCAGCAUUGGAGUUUGCCACAGGGAUAUCAAGCCACAGAAUCUUUUGGUAAACCCACAUACUCACCAGCUGAAACUGUGUGACUUCGGGAGCGCAAAAGUUCUUGUUAAGGGAGAACCAAACAUAUCAUACAUUUGUUCCCGAUACUAUAGGGCUCCAGAGCUCAUAUUUGGUGCUACUGAGUACACUACAGCCAUUGACAUUUGGUCUGCUGGAUGUGUUCUUGCUGAGCUUAUGCUAGGGCAGCCUCUGUUUCCUGGUGAAAGUGGUGUGGACCAGCUUGUUGAAAUCAUCAAGGUCCUUGGUACCCCUACAAGGGAAGAAAUUAAAUGCAUGAACCCAAAUUAUACAGAGUUCAAAUUCCCACAGAUUAAAGCACACCCAUGGCACAAGGUAUUCCAUAAAAGGAUGCCACCUGAAGCUGUUGAUCUAGUCUCUCGGCUCCUCCAGUACUCGCCCAACCUAAGAUGCACUGCUGUUGAGGCACUUGUUCACCCCUUCUUUGAUGAGCUUCGGGACCCGGGUACCCGCCUUCCGAAUAGCCGCUUUCUGCCUCCUCUUUUUAACUUCAAGCCUAACGUGCACCAUUGUUCAGUUAGCUUCUUGAUUGAUGAUGUUACAGGGAACAUGCAAGUUUGGGGAUGCAUGCAGGGCCUGUUCCAGGAGCAAUGGGGCAACAGUCUAAUUUUCUUGGAACUCAACCAAAUUUUGUUGGAUAUCCGGCGGUGGAAGGAAAUUCUUUCUCAGCUUCUUCUAGUCAUAUCCUUGGGAGCUUUUUCCAAAGCAAUGAAUUUUGAUGCUUACAAAGGCAACUCUUACCAGGGUAGCUUCAUAGAUGUUUCAUCAUACUUAACCAGUGGUGAAUCCAGGAAGAAGAUGGAGGGUGGGCUUAAAUAUUUUUAUGGUAGCUAA